CAUCCCAGAAGAGAUUGGGAGUAAACCAGAUUUCUCGUCUUUUGGGCAAAGUCAGGAGAGUGGUCACCUUCUUUCAUAAGAGCACGACUGCAGCAGCUGUCUUAAAGGCCAAACAAGAGAUGCUCCAGCUUCCUCCUCACAAGCUGAUUCAAGAUGUCGCUACAAGGUAGAACUCCAGCUAUGACAUGCUUACACGCUACUUAGAGCAACAAGCUGCUGUUUAUUCUGCACUCACAGAAAAAGAUGUUAAAAAGAAUGCCAAAGAUCUCAUCACACUUUCUGAUCAAGAUGUGACUGUUCUGGAGGAUGUGGUUGAGGUUCUGAAGCCCAUGAAAACAAUCAUAACUCUAUUGAGCUUAGAACAGCAGCCCACUGUGUCUAUGAUCCUGCCACUCAAACACUCCAUUCUCACAGCGAUGAAACACAGUGGCACAGAUUCACAGAUUGUGAAGGAUGUUAAAUCGGCUAUAGCAACCAACAUUGGAGGGAGGUACUCAAAUCCCAGUCUUCAACAGUUUCUGAAUGAGAGCACUGCCUUGGACCCUCGGUUCAAAUCUUUACCUCAUCUGGAUGACCCCUCUCGGAAAGAGAUAUUCAACAAUCUGGCUGAGAAAAUCCUACAAAGGCAUCCCACACAGGACCCAGGACAAGGGACCAGCCAAAACCCCCCAGAGGACCCAGAAACUGCAGCAUCCAGUGAAGGCAGCCCCCCAGCAAAGAGAACCACACUCAGUGAACUGUUUGGUGACUUUUAUAGCACAGCCCCCACUACACCAACAACACCAAAAUUAUGGCCUGAUGUUGUCAAGGAGGAGAUUGAGCUAUACAGGAUGGCAAAAGUAAUUUCUGUGGAUGCAAAUCCACUGAAAUGGUGGAAAAACAAUGAGCAUCAGUAUCCAAAUUUGUCCAAGCUUUCCAAACAUUAUCUUGCUGUGCAAGCAACAAGUGUAGCAAGUGAGCGAGUGUUCUCCACGGCAGGGGCUAUUGUGACUGCUCAAAGAGCAGCCCUUUCUCCAGACAAUGUGGACAUUCUCAUCUUUUUAAAGAAAAACUUAAAAAUAUAAAACUAACAGUUGUUUUGUCCAGCCUCAAAUAUGUAAAUAGUUUUGGUACCUCAAGGAGCACCUUUCUCUCCAGAUAAAGGUAAUAAUAUAUCUUUGUUUUAAAAAAGACUUGACAGAAGAAUGUAAAAAAAAAAGACAGUUGUCAUUCUCAGGGACCGAAAAAGUCUUAUUUUUUUAUGUUCAACUGUUAUUAGGAUAGAGUUUAGUUUGUUAAUCUUCUAAUUGUUCUAUUAUUUUGAACAUGACUGUUCCUGUUUUUUUGUAAUAUUUAUUUUAUGUUGCACAUUGUUGUUUUAAUGCAAACAGUUGCUACCAAAAAAAGCCACUAGAUGGCAGCCAGUACCCUCUGUGACCCCUCAUGUUUAUUAUUAUUUGUUUGUUUUUGUUAUUUUGUACUUGACUGAGAACAAGAUUGUUACAUUUAUAUCUUAAUUAAAUUAUUUAAAUUUGA